AUUGCCAAACAGUGUCGUUUGGUUGAAAACUAAAUGUGUAGAAGCUUUUCGUUUGCUUCUUCCUCAAUUCAUUCCCUCUCAUCCAGCCGCCCCAUCCCCUCUCUCUAUUGACUCCACGCAUUUACUUCCUGCCUCUCCGAUCACGGGCAGUGUCGACGUUUCUACCCUUGGCUUCCCCUAUCUCCUUCUUUCUUUUCCUCCUCUCUCUCCUCCUAUCGAGCCACCCUCAUCUUCCUCUCUCAUACUAACUCUCUUAUCUUCUUCCUCUCAAGAUUGCUUUUUUCAGAUGGGAGAGCUGGCGGUUGACAAACAUGUUCAGUACAUUUUAUCUGUUGAAAAGAGAAAGGAUAGUUUUGAAUCGGUGGUGAUGGACCAUCUAAGAAUGAAUGGGGCAUAUUGGGGAUUAACAACCUUGGAUCUUCUGGGGAAGCUCGAUACUGUUGAUGCAGAUGAAGUUAUUUCAUGGAUUAUGAAAUGCCAACAUGAAUCUGGUGGUUUUUCUGGUAAUAUCGGGCAUGACCCACAUAUACUGUAUACUGUCAGCGCUGUGCAAGUGCUGGCCCUUUUCAACAAGCUAGAUGUUCUUGACAUUGAUAAGGUUGCAACUUAUAUUACUGGGCUGCAAAAUGAAGAUGGAUCCUUUUCAGGGGAUAUAUGGGGUGAGGUGGAUACACGGUUUUCUUAUAUUGCCAUCUGUUGCCUUUCAAUAUUACGAUGUCUGGAUAGAAUCAAUGUUGAGAAAGCUGUUAACUAUAUUUUGAGUUGCAAAAACCUGGAUGGUGGCUUUGGAUGCACACCUGGUGGGGAGUCUCAUGCAGGGCAAAUUUUCUGUUGUGUGGGUGCUCUUGCUAUAACGGGAUCUCUGCAUCAUGUUGAUAAGGACCUUCUUGGGUGGUGGUUGUGUGAGCGGCAAGUGAAAUCUGGAGGUCUUAAUGGCCGCCCUGAGAAGCUUCCUGAUGUUUGCUACUCGUGGUGGGUUCUUACUAGCUUGAUCAUGAUUGACAGAGUUCACUGGAUUGACAAAGAAAAGCUUGUUAAGUUCAUCUUGAACUGUCAGGAUGUGGAAAAUGGUGGCAUUUCAGAUAGACCAGAUGAUGCUGUUGAUGUCUUCCAUACAUAUUUUGGAGUUGCUGGACUUUCACUUCUCGAGUAUCCAGGAUUGAAAGCCAUUGAUCCAGCAUAUGCAUUGCCUGUUGAUGUCAUAAAUAGAAUAUUCUUCAGCAGAUAACUUGACUUCUAAAUGGCAUUGAGUUGCUUUUGUUCUUGGCAAUUCCUUGUUUUUCUCAUUUCCCUGUUAAGAGCAAAAUUAUUAAUAUUGCACCAUGAGAGCCAUGAUACUUGCCCACACAUUUUUCUUCUCUGAAUACAUAAAAUGUUCAGAUUGUCCAGCACUGUCAAACUUCUUGAUAUUUGAAUCUACAAUAAGAAAUACUUUGACUCUUAUUCACAAGAGUCAUAGGAAUGAGUUCUCUUGUGUGGGUUCUCCUACAGCAAUUCGACAAGGCCCCGACCCCUAUGUUAUGGAAUCUGUCAUUUCUCUAUUUGAGACCAAGUAGGAGCAUGGGGAAGCGUCUUUGAGUAAUACAUGACCAUCAAGCUGUUCUUCUAUGAAAUAGGAAGAUGAGAAUCGAGAUAUACCUAUGAUUGUAAUGUUUUUUAAGUUUCCUUCAAGUCCUAACUUAGCAUUGAUGUUGUGGCUCUCGCGGUUAAGAAAAUUAAGAAAAUUUAAUGCAAGUAAAAUGUCUUUAAAAGUACGGUUAAAAAAUGUGAUUAAAAAAUUUUAAAUAUUACUGUGAAACGUAUUG